UCAGCUAAAUUGUUUUUGAACCAAUAGGGUAUAUUUCUAUAGAACUGUAUACUUCAUUCACCCUGUAUGGGUGACGGUUCACCAAAUUUCAGAAAAUCAAUACUAUUCUUAAUGGUAUCCUAUCAAAAUAAGCCUAACACUUUGAAAUUAAACUGUGUGGCGAGAGAAUUAAGCCGCUAUUCCGCUAGGGAUCCGCGAUUAAGACGUUAAAUCAAGAAAAACCUUUGUCACACUGCAGUAUUAAUUCUAACCAAUAAUUAAUAUUAAAAUGGAAUUAGAUCAUAAAGAUUCAAAUAUUAUAAGAAAUAGCAGAACUCCUAAUAAUUUAAUGCAAUCUGAGGAAAUAAGAGAAUCGCUUCUAUCUGAAUCCACGUCAGGUAUAUGUGGAGACGAAGAACAAGAUAGUAACUAUGAAACAAAUUCAUUUUCCAGCGUUGAAAUAGACAUAAGUAACAAAGAAGGCAUUUUAUCUUUUGGCACAAGUAAGAUCCAUAAAGGAAGUACCAAAUUGAAAUCGAAACAUAAAGCAAUUGGUUACCGUGUUGGAGAUAGUUAUAAGUCAAUUGAUAAUUUCAUUAAUAUCACUAUAAAUCCUAGCGAAGAAGGUAAAGAAAUUCAUGUUAAAUCCACUAUAAAAAGGGAUGUAAAACCUACCAUCCCUGAUGGAGGUUGGGGAUGGGUUGUUGUAAUGUCUUCUUUCGUUAUAUCUAUGAUAGCUGAUGGAAUUAGUUUUUCCUUUGGUCUACUUUACAUUGAAUUCUUGGAUGAGUUUAAAACGAGUAAGUCUAUGACUGCUUGGAUCGGUAGUCUCUUCAUAGCUGUACCACUUCUAUCAGGUCCAGUGAUGAGCGCUUUAGUUGACAGAUACGGAUGCCGCAGCAUGACAAUUUUAGGUGGAUUGAUAUCAACUCUUGGAUUUGUCUUAGCUUCAGUAUCAAAUACCAUUGAAAUGAUGAUGAUUACAUUUGGAGUGAUCGCCGGAUUGGGUCUCGGAUUAGUUUAUGUCACAGCAGUAGUUUCUAUAGCGUAUUGGUUUGAGAAGAAAAGGAACUUAGCUGUAGGUCUUGGAGCUUGUGGUACCGGUGUUGGAACGUUCGUGUAUGCACCAAUGACUCAAUAUUUUAUUGAAGAAUAUGGCUGGAGGGGUACGAUUCUAUUACUAUCUGGGACACUACUUAAUUUAUGUGUUUGUGGCUGCGUUAUGAGGGACCCCGAGUGGUGGAUUCGAGAGCAAAAGAAACAGAGAAAUGAAGAAAAAUCCAACUUUGUCAAAGACGAAAGUAAAUCUAGAAAUUCUAGUUUUACUUCCAUAGGAAAUCCUUAUGUGUUUGAUUUUGAUGCACCAACAAGGGGUGUAGGUAUGAAAAGAUUAAUAACAAAGGGAGUGUCACCUGAAAAAGUUAUAAAAGAUGAAUCUGAAGCUAUAAAAAGAUACGAAAAUAUUUUAUCCUACACGAAAAGGAAUCUACAAAAGUCAAGAUCUAUGGAUAAUUUACCAAGCUAUCUUACAUACGACGACAAGAGGUCAAGGAAAAUGUUGGAAUCAAUAAUAAAGAAUAUAAGUAAACAAUACAAAAUAGAAGUAAAAAAUCCAUCUUUUAUACAGACAAAUAACACGGAGGUACAAAAACUGAUAGAAGGCAAUAAAAACACAGAUCCACCAGCAGUGGCAUAUACGAAUCAAUUUCUUCAACGAACUCAUUCUGAAAAAUAUGGAAACAAGAAAGAAAAUUCUCUAAAAAAAUAUCAACUGAAGAAUUGUAAAGAACUCGAAGUAACUAAAUUAUUAGAUUCUGAACAAAAGACUAACAAAAUUGAAAAGCAAGACAGUAAAGAAAAUCGUAGGGAAUGGUUCAAGAAACAAUUGUCAGUGAACCACCAUUACUUGAAAGAUUUGAAAAUGCCGAUAAAUUCAAUAAGUCACAGAAAUGCUAUGUUGAACAUUAAGAGAUAUCGACUCAAGGCAUCGUCUUGUCCGGAUUUAUUUAAAAAUUCUAUGAUAUCUGUUAACGAAAAGGAAGAGAAAUGGAACGAAGAUUGUGUAAAUUGCCUCUCCGACAUGUUCAAUGUGGCUUUGUUCAAGAAGAUGACGUUCAACCUUCUGUGUUUGGGUACAUUGAUCCUGUUCAUCUGGUUUAUUGUACCGUACUUCUAUUUAGCUGAGCACAUGAUACUCAAAGGUUAUUCCGAGGACGAUGGAGCUAUGAUGUUAAGUAUAAUCGGAAUUACAAAUACAAUUGGUAUGGUCGGUCUCGGAUGGAUCGGAGAUUUUCCUAAAGUGUCUAUUGGAAACUUGUACGCUUUUUGUCUUAUUCUCUGCGGUGCUACAGUUGCAGCCUUACCUUUAGCAUUAUCUAAUUACUGGAUCUUAGUAUCUAUAUCUUCAGCAUUUGGGUUGCUUUUUGCUGCGUCGUUUACUUUCACACCGAGUCUAUUAGUUAAAUUAGUAUCAUUGGAUGAUUUUACUUCUGCCUAUGGUUUGGUUUUGUUGGCGCAAGGAAUUGGUCAUUUAAUUGGACCACCAUUGUCGGGUCUUAUUUAUGAUUUGACCUUCUCCUGGGAACUGGCCUUUUAUUUAGCUGGCGGUUGGAUCAUUGUAUCUGGAGUACUCAUUUCGUUCAUACAACCUGUGAAGAAUUAUCAAGAAAGGCGUCAGAAUAUAGAACAUAAUAGCGUAUCUAGCCUUGCGUAGAUUCUCCUAACUUUCUCGUAGUGCAUUUAUUAAGAAUUAUAUUAGGAAAACCACGCUUUGCUUCUUUGACGUAGAAUUUAACAUAAUAUGCAAAAAGAAAUUAAGAAAUAUUAAUUUGAAAUACGGUUUAUAUGUACAACCCAAGAGUCAUUUGCCAGAAAAAAAGGUUUAAAUCACUGCCUAUGGCGUACUAAAAUUGUUUUUUGUACGCAAAAGAACUGCCUUAAAUCAUUGACCGAAGAAAAUAAUUAUGUAGAAAGAUAUAGAUGAUUUUUGAGAAUUUUUAAUAUUUCUUGGAAGUGGAAUUAUUAUAAU